UAUUCAUCCCAUGAUAACGGUAUUUACUGACCACCAUUUUUCUAACGUUUAAUUGAUGGGAUUAAUUUUACUACUGUGAGAAAAUGGUAAAUAUCCAGAGCCUCCUUGUCUGAGAUCUCGAAAGUUUUUUCCGACUCCAUGAAUCUGAAGAAAAAUGCCUAGUUUUUAAGUUUUUCUCCUUUUGAGUGAAAUGGGAUUUCAUUCCAAAACAAAUUUUGGAUUUGAAACUUUUAAGCAGCGCGUGAUGAAGAAAUAAAUUAUGCAGGUUUAUUUGUGUUAUUUUGUCUUUGUUAACAAAAUUCUACCUCCAGUUUUAAUUAUAAAUCUGAUUUAUAAUUUUUAAAUAAAAUUUUAUAAUUAAAACUUGAGGUAAUAUCUCAUGACUCAAAUAUGAAGUUAUAAAUUUUUUUAUUCAAUUAUUUGUUAGGGCGGAGUCGCUGCGGUUGAGGCUCGUGGGAGAAAGGCGACGACAAGACGAUGAUAAGCGUGGGUUUGGGUCAGCUCUGCGUCACCCGCGCUGCUUCCUCCCUCGUGGUUAGCUCUUCUCUGCUUCCCUCUCCUUUCCCAGCCGCUUCUGUCUCCAUUCGCCCUCCUUCUCCUUCCUCUCUCACCCUUCUCAGAUCCCAAUCUUCUCCGCGCUCUCAUCAACUUCCCCAGAAUCCUGAUGAUGAUGAUGCCCAACUUGAAGACCUCAGGGUUCCUCUCCACUGGCUACUUCCACCCAACGCCUUCCAGGUCACAGACGUGCGAUUUGAAAUCAAAAUCUCUCAGUUCACCCAAAAAAAAAAAAAUUCAAAAUCUCUUGUGGAUGCAUGGCAUUGUUCAUGGAAGGAAUCAGAGUGGCUGAGAGUUACGCUGCAUAAAUGGUUGGAUGACGAAUAUUGUCCGGAGGAGACUAACGUGGAGAUAAGCAAAGUUGCCGCCCAAUCAUACUACAAAUCUUUGCUAGAGAAGCAAACAGACUUGGGUGAGAUUUUGUUGAAGAUGGCCAGAGAGCUGGAGUCUAUUUCCUAUCAAGAAAGCUUUCAUGGGGCGUUCUCAUCUGCAAAUGCAGCAAUCAAUCUGAUCGCUCAAAGAAUCGAAGACUCCUGCCAGUCAACCUGAGCGCUCACUCAGGUCUAAUAGGCUGAAUUGGAUUUGAUUGCCUGGUUUGG